AUGGCCAAUCUGACAACCAACAACGUGCAGCCGGAGACCAAGAUUGUUAUAUUUACCGGUAACAUGUUCGCUAUUGGAUUCCCAUCCAACGUCGAGAUUUUCACUGCAUACUGGCCGUUGUCUAUCACUCGUGAGGCUCAAACGGCCAUUCGGAAAACCGAGCAACUUGUGCAUACGCCAGAAAGCGGAAUGCCCAACCCACUCUGUUACACCAAGAAACCAAUGUUUGGAUGGAUAGAUGGCCAAAGAGACUGGAAUGGAGAAAGCGCUAUUGCAAGUGUUUGGUGCCAUAAGUGGAAGAACCCGGAACUGGAACAAAAGUACAAGACGACUGAGAAGAGGCUUGUUUGGGGAAAGGAUGGAAGAAGUUCUUAUCCGCUCGCCGUAAAUGCAUUUCAGCAUGACUUGGAGUCUCUCGGUGCUAUUGGAUGGGAGUCAGUCCAUGUGGCUUUCGAGCGUGUUCGACUUGUGAAAGAGGAUGCUAUGGCGCUAUCUCAACAUCUCAUACUCUUCUGCUCGAUAUAUUAUGGGGAAGUAUCUACCGCAGUUAAUCCUACAGAGACUGACUUCCAGCCCUCAAAGACGAAACCAACCCCGAAUGAACAGUCAUCGAUCGGGUCUCCUGAUUCUGAAACCGACUCUACUCGCUUCAAAAGUACUGCUUUACCCAGUAUCAACAGCCCCGAUCCAUCCCAGCUCUCUACUGGGAGUACUGUGAUAAAGAGUGACACUCUGGAGCCUGCCUUUCCCCCAGCCAGUACAGAGGCAUCUAUCACUGGUCCAGAUACUUCAUCUGAUGACACUUCUAGAGCUGAAGCCUCUUCAAUUAUCCCAACUGGACUUCGGACAACCAAAGCUGAGAAUUCGGAAGAGACCAACCCUGCCACUGAGACUGUCGUACCUGAGCCAUCUGGUGUGAGUACCACCAGCACCGAGCAACCCAGUGGAAGCGCGAACCCUUCUACAGAUAACUUGACAAAAAUCCCAAUCACAAGCGAUUUUGGAUCUCCUGCGUCUACCGCGAACUCGAAUGGGCCAAAUAUUUCCACGAUUUCACCUUCCACAGAACACAAUACUUCAUCACGAGUUGAGACGAGCGAGCCAAAGUCAGAUACAAAUGCUGCAACGGGGUCCGGGACUACCAACACAGAUCCCUUGCUCCUACCUACAUCAGUCUCAGAAACACAAGUCAAUGGUGUGACCAGCGUUAUAUCUGUCAAACCGACAACUCCUUUGGGAGAACACUCAACACGGGGCGAUGAUGCACCUUCCACUGACACAGGUCACAAUACAACUAGUGAUGGCGACAACGAGCAGCCCUCGUCAACUAGUACUUACUUUGUCGUACCUGUAACAACAUCCGUUACUAAGCCUGAGCCUCGGGAUGAUGGCUUCGUGGUACCUUGCAACAUGUGGUUCUUCAACGCAUGUGUUGAGCCCAUAUCUGGAUGGGGAAUUUCUCUUCCACCUGGUACCUAUCCUCCUGGUCCUCCACCAGCCAUUUCCGACAACCCAAAAGGCGGUGUUGAGAUCAAUACGAACCAACCACUUACAGACUGGCCCGGCUUCACUGUCGGUCCUGGAAACACUCCUACGUUUUCAAGUGAGCCCACAGUCUGCGAGACCGAUUCGGCAGAAUUGUGUGUUACGAGGACAUCAUAUGGUGUAAGCAUCGAUGCCACGGUAACCACUACGUUCGCUAGCAGUGUAUUGUCCACUUGUGGCACUGUUUACGGCUGCAAGGUUCGGGGCCACAGCCAGACAAUAACGGGCACAGAUAUAACUACGGCGACGUCGGGAAUCCCAACAUACAGGUCUCUUCGUGCCAUGGAAACUUGGGAUGACAUGGAACUGAGUGAAGAACAACUUGAAGGUAUAGCGGACCACUUGCAGUCAGACCUUGAUUCAAUGUUUGGCACUGCCACCAAGAGAGCAACAACGACGACAGGAGAUGCAUCUGAGCCUACAGAAUCAGUGUGGACGGGUACCUGUCCAGCCAAGAACGGACCAGACCCAACAGUGGUUGAUGGGAAGUUCACCGAGAAUAUCGGAGAGAAGUGCCUUUGCGAGUGGAAUACCUGGAUGCAGAACGACAAAAGUCUGCAGCCAUACACUGUCGACCAACUGAGAGAUGCCAUUAACGACUUUUGUAACGGUUCCCACAAACUCAGAAAGCCUACCCCGACAGGACUUCCAGACAUUGCUGUGAGUCGGUUCCCAACAAAUGGCACGCACGGUAUAUUUAUCUCGGUCGGCUGGGCUACCCCGCCCCUCUGGAACUCCACGGAUGAGAGGUGCAAGGCCAAUGGUGACCUUUUGUUAGCGGAUAGCUGUAAGGCUGCCUUAGAGAGAUUUGAAUGUCGCGGUGCAAACACAGAUGAGCUUUGGGGAGGAACUUACUACGAGGCGCUUGAGGAGGAUGGUUGUGUGAAAUGGACGCUUACACCUGUCCACUUGUCUGAUGGGGGAUCCGCUGGGCAGCGAAUGAGCGUGGGAAUGUAG